UGUGUGUCAUCACAUCGAGAAAGAAUUAGAGGAGGAAGGUUGUCUUCCAUGAGCAGUGUGGUCCCCACAAAUACUGACUUCAUGAGCAGAGUUUCAAGAGAACUGCACACAGAAAGAGAUCAACUUCAUGAACAAGACUGUGACAUCCUGUUAUUCAGAUUACCUAAAUCAUUCUGAGUGUUCUUGGGCCCCUGUUUGCGAUCUCAUUAUGCAGCUGGUGAGCCUGGCCUGGAUGAUGGCCCUGGCCACCCCACUGGUCUGCUAUGGCUUCACCACUCGCGGUCAGGGCCUGCGUGGGCGGGUUCAGGGAGACCGGCGGAACAUCAGGCCGAACAUCAUACUCAUCAUGACAGAUGACCAGGACGUGGAGCUGGGUUCGUUACAGGUGAUGAACAAAACUCGUAAGAUCAUGGAGGACGGUGGUACCUCAUUCACCAAUGCGUUUGUGACUACGCCCAUGUGCUGUCCAUCACGCUCGUCCAUGCUGACCGGGAAGUACGUUCACAACCACAACACCUACACCAACAACGAGAACUGUUCCUCGCCUUCCUGGCAAGCUCAGCACGAGCCACGUACUUUUGCUGUUUAUCUCAACAAUACUGGAUACCGAACAGCAUUCUUUGGGAAGUAUCUCAAUGAGUACAACGGCAGCUACAUCCCACCUGGGUGGCGCGAAUGGGUGGGGCUGAUCAAAAAUUCCCGUUUCUAUAAUUACACUGUCUGUCGGAAUGGGAACAAGGAGAAGCACGGAGCAGAUUAUGCCACGGACUACUUCACAGAUUUGAUCACCAACGACAGUAUCAACUACUUCCGAAUGUCCAAGCACAUGUUCCCGCAUCGGCCGGUGAUGAUGGUGAUCAGCCAUGCAGCGCCUCACGGCCCAGAGGAUUCAGCACCCCAGUACUCUGAGCUCUUCCAAAACGCUUCCCAGCACAUAACUCCCAGCUACAACUAUGCACCAAACAUGGACAAGCACUGGAUCAUGCAGUACACAGGCCCAAUGAAGCCAAUUCACAUGGAGUUUACCAACUUCCUGCACAGGAAGAGGCUCCAGACACUGAUGUCUGUAGAUGACUCAGUGGAAAAGAUAUACAAUGCUCUGGUCGACACCGGGGAACUGGAUAAUACCUACAUUAUUUACACAGCUGACCAUGGGUACCACAUCGGGCAGUUUGGUCUGGUCAAGGGGAAGUCUAUGCCCUAUGAUUUUGACAUCAGAGUGCCAUUCUUUGUUAGGGGUCCAAAUGUGGAGCCAGGUGCAAGGAACAAUCAUCUUGUGCUAAACAUUGAUCUCGCACCCACAAUCUUGGACAUAGCUGGCUUGGACACUCCACCUGAUAUGGAUGGCAAAUCUAUCCUGAAACUUCUAGAGCAGGAAAAGACUGGGAAUAGAUUUAAACCCAACCGGAAACCCAAAGUCUGGAGGGACACAUUCCUUGUGGAGCGUGGCAAAAUCCUGCGCAAGAAAGAUGACUCAGGAGGUAACACAAACACCCAACACUCCAAUAGCUUACCCAAAUACAAGAAGGUGAAGGAGGUGUGUCAGCAGGCCAAGUUUCAGACACCCUGUGAACAACCAGGACAGAAAUGGCACUGUGUCGAGGAGGUCAGUGGGAAAUGGCGUUUGCAGAAGUGUAAGGGCUCCCUGAAGGAGGGAUCCAAGAAAAGGACAAGGAGUCUCCGUUCUCGAAGCUAUGACAGCCGGGAAAAAGACUGCCACUGCGGAGACCAACCUUACAAAUCAGCCAAGGCAGAGCGCCGGGCACACAGACGGUUCGCCCAGAGCAGAAGUCCACGCUACAGACCUCGCUUUGUGCACACACGGCCUACCAGAUCUCUGUCAGUGGAAUUUGAGGGAGAGAUCUAUGAUGUGGACCUGCAGGCUGAUGACAAAACUCCCCUUGAGCCUCGACCAAUCAGCAGACAGCACUAUGAUCUUGAAGGAGCCUUUGAUCCGGACUUAGGGCUGGAGUCUGUGGAUGGCUCAGAGGAAAUGCAGUCAGAUGACACUAAUGCAGUGGGCUACACCAAUUCUCUCAAAGUUACACACAAGUGUUUCAUACUAAUGAAUGACACUGUGCGCUGUGAAAGAGAGAUUUACCAGUCUUCUAGAGCAUGGAAAGACCACAAGAACUUUGUAGACCAGGAGAUUGAACUUCUCCAGGAUAAAAUGAAGAAACUGCGUGAGGUUAGAGGUCAUCUGAAGAGGAGGAGACCAGAUGAAUGUGACUGUGGAAAGAAGAGCUACUAUAGUAAAGAGAGAGAGCAGAAAAACAAACCCGAGAGAUUGAAGAAUAGGAAUGACCACCUCCAUCCCUUUAAAGAGGUAAUGCAGGAAGUGGACAGCAAGGCUCAGCUCUACAAUGAGAUCCGUCGCAGGAAAAAAGAGAGGAAGGAGAGAAAGCGGCAGAAGAAGGGUGAUGACUGCAGUCUUCCUGGCCUGACCUGCUUCACACAUAAUAAUGACCACUGGCAGACCGCCCCCUUCUGGAACUUGGGUGGCUUCUGUGCCUGCACCAGCUCUAACAACAACACAUACUGGUGUCUAAGAACUAUUAAUGACACUCACAACACGCUCUUCUGUGAAUUUGCCACUGGAUUCCUGGAGUACUUUGACCUAAACAGUGACCCUUACCAGUUAAGCAAUACAGUUUAUACUGUGGAGAGGGAUGUCUUAAGCCAACUGCAUCUUCAGCUAAUGGAAAUGAGGAGCUGUCAAGGCCACAAACAGUGCAACCCCAAACCGAAAAGUUCAGAUGCAGAGCACAACCAACCUGGGACGUACACAAAGGAUAAGCUGCCCAAUUUCACAGAGGAUGUCAACCGGCAAGGACUGGCAGAUCUGUACAGUGUAAACAAGAGUCUGUAUGAACACAGACACAACUACAGUCCAAGCCUGGAUGACUGGACAAACUUUUGGAAGGAUGUAGAUAGUAUGUUUGUGCUGCUGAGAAAUUUAAAGGAACUCAACCAAACCAAUGGGCUGAACCCCCUUGCUGAGCUGGGCUCUGGGGUGCUGGAGGAGGCCAGCGGUGCUGGAAGACCUGUCCAGGAGGAAUGGCCACCUGUGGUCACUUCGAGCCCCACCACAGCAGGCCUGACUCCCAAAACACAUAAAGAGACUCUAAAGUCUCUUAAUGAUCUCCCAGAGGGACACCAAACCGAGCUGAGUCAUCUUCUCAGAGACACCUGGAUUCAGCAGCUGGAAAAUGAGCUGGACAAUGACGGGAUGACAUUUAGUGGCAACGGUGUCACUGAGCUGGAGACCCACCAUGACUUCCUUUUGCACAGCUCUAAAAUCAUGCAGGAGCAACUGGAACUCCACCAGACCCCAAAACACCAGCAGGACGAGGAGGAUAUUUUUCAGGCCCAAGUUUACCUUCCCCUCUCCCCACAGCCAGCUAAACCCCCAGAGCAAGCCAGGGACAUGCCUCCACUCCAGACUGACAGCCCUCAGGAGAGGUGGAAUGAAAGUGUCAAACCCUUUACUCUCAAGCCCAGGGACCCUAAGGACACAGAGGGCAGUGCCUCGGGCCUUUCCCUUUGAGAAAAGACUGCGGCCAUGCACUGUGAAGCCAGCCAACUCGAAGACAAUAACCCCAGAGAGCAUGGACUGCUUCCUCUGUAUGAAUCAUCUGAGUUAUUUUUAUUUUUUACAGGUGCUUCCAUUUAUUAGAAAUCAGUGUUAUGCAUUUUGUAAAAAAAAAAAAAAAAAAAAAUUAUAUAUAUAAAGAUUUAGAGGUAAAGUAUCGGAUGCAUCUCAAAUGUUUCAAGUGGAAAACGCCAUCAAAGGUUUUAAUAUAUAGUUUUAAAAUGAAACAGGUUAAAAUGGUGAAAACAUUGCAUUCAGUCUUGAAUUAAUCAAAUGCAGGUUAUUUCCCAAGAUAUUUGAUGCACUUUUUCAUGUUUCUCAAUCUCAACAUAUUUUACAGUCUCAUUUACAUGAGAACAGUUCGAUAUAAAAAAACAUCUCUCGCAUUUAAGCAAUGUUCUGGGUUCAGUAAAGUUAAGUGGCACAAACAUUUCGACUUGUCCCUCAUUUAUUAAAAAAAGAAAAGAAGAAACUCAGUUACAGUUAGGCACUUGCAUACAAUGGAAGUGAAUGGGGCCAGUCCACAAACAUUCAAAUACAAACAGUUUCAAAAGAAUAGCCACAAGAAAUAAACAUGUGUUAACAUGAUUUUAGUGUGAUAGAAUCACUAACUAGAAUCGCUUGCUUACUCAUUUGUAAUAUUGCAUCCAAUAUUACAACUUUGUUGUCAAGAUGACAUAAUGCCAGUAAACCCUGUAAUCUGGUAAAUCCCUGAUUUAAUCGCACUAAAAUCAUGUUAACACUAUGUUUAUCUUGUGACUAUACUUUUAAAACUGUGUAUUUUAAUGUUUAUGAACUGGCCCCAUUCACUUCCACUGCAAAGUGCCUUACUGUAACUGCGAUAUUUGCUUUGUUUUUAAAUAAACGGGAUGAGUUGUAAUUAUUUUUUGCAGUAAACAGCAUUGUCACACAUGCUUUAAUAUUAAGCCUGGAACAUUCCUUUUUAGUCUUGAUGUCAAAUCAUCCCUUUCUGGUGUCUACAUUUGUUCACUUUCAUUAAUUAAUAUCUGAAUGAUGGUAUUGUGUGUCAUGUUUAUUUAGUACAGCUUAGACGGUUCAGUUCACUGUUUUAAACUAAAACACUGCUUGAACACUUUUUUUUUUACACAAUUGGGUGAGGAUAAGCAUGGGUUCAGUGGUUAUUCUGGUCAGUGAAAUGGUUUUCUCACACAUGUUGUUUCACUUUAAAAUGUAUAAUAGUUCAGCAGCAUUCAGUCCAUAUACAUGCAAGAAUGGCAUUCACCAAAAGUGCCUUUAUCAUAAGACUUAAGAUAGAAGGCUCUACCUUUUAACUUUUUCACUAAUACUAACUCACAAAAAUGUAUCACUUAAGUAGAGCUUGUUUCUUUUUAUGAAGAAUGUGAGAUCAUAUGAUCGUAACCUAAUUUCAGCAGAGUUUUCUGUCACCCUUUGUCUGACCAAUUUUGUCCUGUCUUUAGAACUACAGUGUCUAAAUUACUUUCUGAAGUAAAAUUUGUUUAAAUAUGAGGUGACCUGCAAAAUUUACAGAUAUUACAUUAUUUUUAACCAAUGGUGUUGGAACAAUUCUGGCUUCUGGAAAGCCAAGAGGCUAUUUUGAAAUAAAAAUCUGCCAAACAUU